UUUUAAAGACAUGACUUAUCUUCUCACAAAGUCCAUACGAACCAGCGUUUCGCCAAUUAAUGCUUCAUUCGAAACUUAAUUAAAUGAUAAAGUAUGAUUCUGCUUUUCAAGUGCAUAGUUGACAAAUGUAUAGUAUUUAUAAAGUUACUCAGAAUGAGAUCAGUUUUAGCCUAUCAGUUGGUGGAUUAGUUAUCAUUGUACCACUAUAUUACGUAAUAUGUUACGAUUACUAAUUGGUAUCUACAUGAAUAAGUACAAUAUUGUUAUCACCGAGUCCACCCCUGAAUAAACCCCAACUCAAAGGACACCAAGUUUUAAUUGUUAAUCUCGGUAAAGGUUAUUCUCUUCAAAAGAACAAGACAUAUUGCGGGGUCUUUAUUGAUAUCUAUGUGAUCGAUUUUUAUAUUCAGUAAGGAGAAAAAUUUGGAUUGAUUGCAGUAAAAAAAAUGGAAAACAUUUUAUUUGUUAAAUGAGGAGGAAUUUUGGUUAGUGAAUGCCUAAAGAUGUUUUUAUGGAAUAUACAAAUCUGACCAUGAGCUGCGGGACAGUCACUGCGUAUAGUGAGUGUAAUCCUUGUGUUCAUGGAGUGACUCGUGUGGACAACAAAGAUGUCUGAAACUUUUUAGACGUUCAUCGUCAUCGUGAUCAUGGCAGAGAUUUGAAGAGAAAUUUUAAAAUUGCACUGGAUAGACUUUUUUAAAAAGAGUUUAGCCAACAUUGUAAGGAACUGGAGAUUGAACAUGCAUGUCUGUUGGUUAAGAGAAUGUCUAGUGCUCUUUGAUAUCGGCAAAAUACUUUUUUACCUUAUAUUUAUACGACAAAAUACGGGUUUCCUUUUUUCCCAGUACAGCGUAUGAUAUCUCACAUGUCGGAGUAUCAAGUUAAUAUUAUCUUCUACAACGGAGGAAAGUUAUGACAGGAUUAAGAAUUAGUUAAUAGCACCGUGAAUAGUCAAGGUACGAAAGAUCAAAUGCAGUUGCAAUAGCUUUCUUGAAUAUUGAAAGUAAUGGCUGCUAAGAUAGAAAACGAUUCUCGUAUCCAGAGUAUAUUAUCCACUCUCGAAAUACUAGAUGGCCAAAAGAAAAAGAAAACGAAAUAUGCAAAGAAGCAAAUCCAAUCCCUACGUCACCCAACCUUCGCAUCUGCUUCAAAGACACAAGGUUCCCUCUCCGGUUGGAAAGAAAGUAGGAUGGUGCCUAGGGCUCAUGCGAGAGACAACAAAGAUAAAGUGGUUGGUAAAUAUUCGACUUUCCUCGCUCAAAUCGUGGCGGAUCCCAGCAGUAAGCAGCAAAGACCUCACUGGAGAAGGGAACGAAAGGAUGAUUUACCUUUUGAUCAAGACGAUGGUCCAGGAGGAGUUGAGCUGGAGAAUUCCCGAAAACGACGAGAUACACCAAGGUUGCCGUUAGCCGAUGAGAGUGGCACGUCAGGAAACAACCAACGGUUUCAGGGUGCAGAAGUUGUCCAAACUGGAAAACGCGUAAUGCCAUCUAUUACUCAGAAACAAUGUAAACCCAUCCCGUUACGGGUAGAAGAUGGUACUCAUGUAAAUGACAGACCGGAGCAAACUGAAGAAGGGAAUUUUACUUCCAGCUCAAGCAGCAAUCCGAGAUGGCAACAAAUCGUAAAAUCGAGGUUGAAACCCAAGCAGCUCGGUGACGCAGUUACACCAAGAGUUGCAGAAGUUGCCAAAACUAAGAUGAAAUCUCGACGCAACCGAUUAAGCUCAUCCGAUCUGGAUAGAAGCGAGGAAGAUGAUAGUUUCAAGAGCCAUCUGUCAUCGUUGAAGGUGAUCAAUGCUGCGAUAGCCUUCAAGCGGCAGAGGUUCAGAACACAACGACAAGAACGAAAGCUUCGUAUUUCAAGACUGUUUAGAGUAGUGGCUCGUCUUAUUGUUAUCAUCAAGAGGAUUUGUGAAGUUCAUUUCGUUGAGAGGGGGACAGAAGAUGUGGACAUAUCAUUCGCACAGCUUGUAUCCACGAGACAAAGAACAGAUCUUAUGUUUGACGUCACAGAAUACAGAGCUAAGAGGAAGUGGCAACUGAUGUCAGAAACAAAACGCAUCUUACAGAAGUCUUCCCGAAGCGAACAAGAUGUGCAACAUAUAGAGACAACUCUUCGGGAGAUGUCAGCUUUAGGGGAAUACCCAGCGUCCAUGCAGAGAAGUAUAGCCCGAGUAGGCUGGUAUGAAUCAUAUGGACCGAAUAGGGUCAUAGUUAGAGAGGGCCACAUGCCUGAUGCUUUCUACUUCAUUUUAUCUGGUUCGGCUAUAGUAAGUGUACCUAUAGCGGAUGAAGCCAAACCUAAGAUCCUAGCCAUAUUACUACGGGGCGACAGCUUUGGUGAGUUAGCGAUACUGAAUCAAAGCAAACGGACAUCAACUGUCACGACGAGAGAGAAUGUUGAAAUGUUUGUUAUCUCGGCAGAGGAUUUUACAAAGAUUGUGAUGUCUGGUAACAACAGGAUGCUUCAAGAUCCACAAACAAUGACAUUCAUGAGGAGCGUUGAAUUUUUGAAAGGAUGGCCGCUGAAGAAAAUCGAAAACAAUCCAAAGAAAUGUGUUUUCAACUUCUUUCGAAAAGACACCGUUCUUGUAAGGGAUAGCAGGUUGUCGGAAUGGAUCUACGUCGUCAAAUCGGGGAGCUGUUCUGUUCUGAAGCAACUGAAGUACGUUGAACCCAAACUGAAUCCAAAGAAGAAGAGAACAAAUAAAGAUGAAAGAAUGACGUCAUCGAGGCACAGGCAGCUCCUAUUGGAUAGAGAGCGUUCCUUCAUGAAUCGACGGAUGAUUGCCGCGCAUGCUCAGAGGGAAUCCCUGUACAAGAGAGGAAUGGACCUCCCCUAUCUAAUGAUGAAUGAAGAAAUAACAGAACGACUGGCAUCGAACAGAAAUAGGAGUAAUACUAUUCUUGCUGGCGAAGAUGGAACAGAAAAUAUUGAAGAGGAGAAAAGAGAGGAGAAGUGGAUGGAAGAAUUGGAAGAAGGGGGCGCCCUCAACGACAUGAAGGACAGUUUGUUAUAUCCUCUGAUAGAGGUAGAAAAGGAAGACGAAGAAUUGUCCCCAAAAUAUGGACCACAGCGAACUUUUGCCCAUGAUCUCAACCAGCGUGCCUUACAAAGCAAGGAGUCAACCAAAAUGAACAUGGAGAGCAUGACUGAUUCCCGCCCAGUUUUUGUAUGCAUCCAAACAUUGCAAAAAGGAGGAGUAUUCGGAUUAGUGGACGUUUUGUUCAGUGAACAGCCAAGCCUAAGUCUGAUAAGUAACGGGGCAGAGUGCAUGGUCAUGUCCAAACAUUUCUUUCUUCAACACGCAAACGAUGACAUGUUACAUCGAGUCAAGAUAUCGAUGAUGCCCUUUGCCAAGGAAGAUGAAAUACAGCACAGUUUGGAGAACCAAUUAAAAUGGGAAGUCUAUCGAACCAUUACCAUGGAAACAACUCUGACAAGAAUGCAGAUGAAAAAGUUUUACACAAAAUAAUAUCGGCAUAGGCUUACAUGAUCAGUGGAAUAUGUUGAGAAUAGUGGUGCAUAAGAUCGUACUUUGAUAUUUAAGGGAGAGUGGAUGGCAAGGUGAACCAAAAGUGAAUUUGUAA